UGGAGGCAGCCGACACUCACCUGCUUCCGCGCUCACUCCCCGAACUCCAUAAAUUGGAGGAGACGACGAGAAGGAAACGUCGGAGCGGAAGGCAUUCGAUUUCCGAGGCGAGAUCGAGUUGGGCAAUCACGGCUGGUAGCUUUGGAAACGGGCGGUGGGGAUCCCACCGGCGCUUCGGCCGGCGUCCGCAAGUUCCCGAACGCCGUCGUCACUUGGACAAGGAGCGCAUCCCCUCCACCCACGGUGGUCGCGGCGCCCUACCCUCCGCUGGCGGAAGCCCCUCUGACCUCCUCUUCCUCGCCGGUGGCGGCCGUUUACCUGCAUGCCCUGCUUUAGUCAUUGACCUUCUUUUUUCUUUCGGCUUGCAGUAGGAAGGAUGAUGAUCCUUAAAAGAAUCCCUACGGUUCUCUCCAAUUACCAAGAGGCGGCCGAGCCCCGCCGUUGCGGCCGGAACUGCCUCGGCAAGUGCUGUUUGCCUAUUUCGAAACUUCCACUAUAUGCCUUCAAUGGCGAUGCAAAUCCCAGAAAUUCUUCCUUCGGCGUGGACGAAACGCCGCCCGAUUUCUUCCUCAACAGCCUUUUACUGGCACAGUGGGAGGAUCGGAUGAGCCGUGGCCUGUUCCGAUACGACGUGACAGCAUGCGAGACGAAGGUGAUCCCAGGGGAGUAUGGCUUCAUCGCUCAGUUGAACGAGGGCCGCCACCUCAAGAAGAGGCCCACCGAAUUCCUGAUCGACCGUGUCCUCCAGCCCUUCGAUCCUGCCAAGUUUAAUUUCACCAAGGUCGGCCAGGAGGAGGUCCUCUUAUGCUUCGGGGCAGGGGAAGGUGGAAAAGCCUGCUUCCUAGAGAGUGCCCCAGUUGGCGAAGACAACUCCCCCAAUGUUGUUGCGAUCAACGUGAGUCCUAUUGAGUACGGCCAUGUUCUGCUGAUCCCCCUGGUUCUGGAUCAUUUACCGCAGCGGAUCGACCCCGAUAGUUUCUUGCUGGCUCUUCAUAUGGCCGUGGAAGCUGGAAGCCCAUACUUCAGGCUUGGCUACAAUAGCCUGGGUGCCUUUGCCACCAUCAAUCACCUGCAUUUCCAGGCUUAUUUUUUGUCCAUGCCUUUUCCUGUGGAGAGAGCUCCUACUCAAAGAGUUCCAAUUGCUAAAGGUCUGCUGUGCCAUGGUGGAGUGAAGAUCUCACUAUUGCUGAACUAUCCAGUGAGGGGCCUUGUUUACGAGGGAGGAACUAGUUUGAAAGACUUAUCUGAUGUAGUUUCCAAGUCUUGCAUGUGUCUUCAAGAGAACAAUAUCCCAUUUAAUGUUCUUAUUUCUGAUUCAGGCUGGAGGAUCUUUCUCUUUCCCCAGUGUUAUGCCGAAAAACAAGCCUUGGGCGAAGUGAGUGAGGAGAUCCUAGAGACUCGAGUGAACCCUGCUGUGUGGGAGAUCAGUGGGCAUAUGGUGCUGAAGCGCAAGAAAGACUUCGAAGAGGCAACAGAGCAAUAUGCUUGGAGGCUAUUAGCUGAGGUCUCUCUUUCGGAGGCAAGGUUCAAAGAAGUGAAAGACUACAUCUUUGGGGCCAUUGGGCUAGAGGAAUCUAAGAAGGAAAAUAUCAAGCUGGAAGAGAAAAAGGAAACCUCAUUUCAGUCAUCAGCUCCGAUCGUUCGAGCUACUUGUAACCUUGCAGAAGGUUGCCUAGUCUUGCAGUGAGAAAGAUAACAUUGUAAGUUGCUUAUGACCGUAGCUAUUUGCUUGUCUUGGUUGUUUCCAAGAGGAAUAAGUGCAGAUAUUUUCUUGCGUCCCCUAAUUGUUAGUUUGUGCAAGUAUUGCUAAAGGUUAAUGCUCCAUGGUUUCAAACUCUAGUAGUUUGAGAUUGAUUCAGUUACAAUGAAUACUAAUUGGUAGUUCUUAAGUUUAUGCA